GGGUUUUGUGCAAGUUAAUAAAAUAUUAACUGAUGCUCGUUACACUCUUCUAGCGCUUCUUUGUUAUGAGGCGAUCGUUGACAUAGUUGCAGCGCUAACAGUAGACGAUUUCUUUUGUUCUUUUGUCAAGUUGUAACGUUGUUUUGAAAACAACUUGGGUCUACCUGUGAACGUUAAUAUCUUGGCCAUCUAAAGUAGAGGUGCACUAUUACUACAACAGGAAAUAAAACUAAAUUUUCAUCGCAAUGAUGCGUUAACCUAUAAAAUAGGCCACCAAAUUGUAACAUAAUUUCAGAUGGCAAGCUUACUUAGGACGUCACGAAGACAUGGUCUCCAUCGUGCAAUCGAUGAUUGCAGGCUACAUCAAGUUAGACUCUUAGUCUAUAUGGGAUCCAACGCUGAUGGUCGUGAUCAUUCGGGACGAACCCCUUUGAUGGCUGCGUGCAUGACUGAUGAUGAGCAGAGAGGUCUAAAAAUUGUACGUAUACUCUUACAUGCCAAAGCGGACUUAAAUAGUAAAGACGCACUUGGGCGAUCGGCGCUUUCUUACGCUGCAUUGUUUGGGAGGGAAAAUAUAGCUGCACGUUUGUUACAAGAAGACACAAUAGAGAAAAACAUUCCCGAUCGUACUGGUGAUACACCUUUAAAUUUAGCAGCUUUUAAAGGCCAUCUUGGGGUUACACGACUGCUUGUUAGUGUCCUCAUUCGAGACGGCUUAACUGUGGACACACGCAAUGGUGAGGGUUGCACUGCGUUGCUACUGGCUACUAAAAAUGGACAUUACCAGUGUGCAAAAGUAUUAUUAGAGGAAGGAAACGCGUCAAUAUACACCAGAGAUAACAGAUUGUACAUGAAUGCUGCGGAAUGGGCCAAGUACAGCCAGCGAAUGUUUGAAACUUCUCUAAAGGAGAAAAGUGUUUCGUUACUCCAAACUUUCAAAGGACAACUGUGUUCUGUGGAUAACGUGGGUUUGCACCAGCCUGGUUUUUUACGUGUAAAUUUACCACCAAUUCAGCGACAGAACUUAAAUAAUUCAUUUACGAACUCAUACGGCCUAAACCCCACCCAAACCUGGUGUGUCCUAAACGAGGUUAGGAAUCGUCAGCGUAGCUUGGGUGAAUUAGUAACUCUGCUGGAAGAAAUGGAGAUAGAUGAACAAGAAAUAAGACUAGAUAGGCCUACAGGAGGGAAAACUAAAGAACGUCCAUUGAGCUCAACAAGCUCAACUCCAACGCCACGACCAAAGCAGACUAUAGCUAGCCAGAAGACGAAAACUUACAAUUUCAACCACGAUUUUCGAAUAUUGUUUGAAAUGUACCAAAAUCAGUUAUCAAGCAGACCGGCACAGUGUUUAUCUAGGCCAGUUACUAGGCCUACCACUACACCUGACCUGAUUGAACUGGAGCCGAAAAAACUUGCUGUAGGCCGCAAGAUAUCCAACACCAGAAGAGGCAGUGCGAUGGGCCAGCAACAGCCACCAAUGUUAACCCGACGAAAGACCUCUACUAAUCUACUAGUCCAGCCGUAGUAAUCAAACCCUUAAUGAGUACCAUUUGACAGACAUGAUAAUUGAGUAGACUUAAAGUACUAUAAUAUUUUUUCAUACAACUAAAAAAAGGGAAUUUUUUUUCGUUGAAGGCUAUGCUUGAUAAAUAUUACAUACUUACAUUGGACAUAAUGUAUAUAUAUAUACUCAAUUAUAUGGACACACGUGUCGAAGAAAGUGUGUUGAGGUGGACGUCAAACAUGACGUACAUAGCCUGUGUAGAUACAGAUGCAAAAAAAAAAAAAAGUAUAAAGGGCAUUCUUGAUACGAUUAUAAUAUCAGUUUCCUAUUUGAGCACUGUUAAUAUUAUUUAUCUAUUUGUUUAUAAUAUUGUGUUGUGCUAAGUAACAAGCCUAUUAGAGUAUUAUUAACGUGAUCUCAAGCUGUGACCUAAAACAAGUCUUUGUAGCUUAAACAUAGCUCCACUAUGUGUGAGCGUUUCUAAAGUCAUUUGUAUUGGAGAAAGCAUCUGGGGGCUAGAUUUGCAAAUAUACCCUAUAGGUCUCCGUGAUCUAAUAGCAUGAUACCCGCCUUUUUAGCGAGAGUCAGCAGGUUCAAAUCCUGCAAGAGACAUUUUUUUUAUACAACUGAAAAAAAGAAAAUUUUCUUUCAAGGAUGCUUGAUACGAUUAUAACAUCAUGUUCUCAACAUUGUUAUUAUAAUUUAUC